AUGAGUACAGCAUCAAGCAUACAACCAAGAAGAGUUGUUUCACCGUAUUGUUACGUAGAAGAAGAGGUUGUGGUAGACUUCAAUUUUUGUCAACCUUCUGAAGAAUGGCCUUGCGUUGAGGACAGGAACGAGUACUAUGGACAAGCAGGUGAAGCAUUACAUUUGGACUUGUUAUACGAACCAGAACUAGUAUCAGAGGAUCCAGUCAUUUCUUUCGAAACAGCACUUUGGUUCUGGAUGACACCACAAGAACCCAAUAAGCCUUCUUCACAUGAAGUGAUCACCGGGCAAUGGACACUAUCUUUUGCAGAUAUAAGUGCUCAAAGAUUUUCAGGAUAUGGUGUUAUCACAAACAUAUUUAAUGGUGCAGCUGAAUGUGGUAAUCCCUUUAGACCAGAUCCAAGACAAGAAAGUCGAAUUAACUACUACAGAAGAUACUGUGAUCUUUUUGGUGUUAGCUAUGGAAACAACCUUGAUUGCUAUCAACAACGUCCUUUUGAGUGGGGUUUGCAGAAGUUGUCCCAAACAUCAUUGGCUUCGAGCUAG